AGGUGCGAUGCGACUGGUUGGAGUGGAAACGUUAACAGUCCGUCCCGUUCCGUCUAAUAAAAAAUCGGUUUUUUUGUAAACGGAAAAAAAUCGGUUUCAUAUUCACAUGAAUUAUUCAUAUUCCAAACGCUCCCUUGACUCCCCAAACCUCAAAUCCCCAAAUCUCAAUCUAAAUACACGUCUGAAAUUAGGGCUUCUCAUAACUGGAACAAUCUGAUUCCAAAGAUUUGAAACAUGCAAAUUAAGCCUCGGUAGUAUUGCGUUUGAUUUGAUUGAUCGAAAUCUAAGUCGAAAUGGCGGUUUCCGAUAGUCCCAACGGUGGGUCUACCCCGCCACCGCCGCCACAACAAGAACAAGCCAACGAUUAUGAAUUCUCAAAACCGAUUUCUCUUGCUGGUCCCACCGACUCUGAUCUACAUCGUAAUCUCGAAUUAGAGAAGUUUUUGGUUGAUUCCGGGCUUUAUGAGAGCAACGAAGAAGCUGCAGCCAGACAAGAGGUUCUUCGCCGCCUCGAUCAGAUUGUGAAAAGCUGGGUGAAGCAAUUGACCCGUCAACGAGGCUACACAGAUCAGACGGUUGAGGAUGCAAAUGCUGUCAUUUUCACUUUUGGAUCUUAUCGACUAGGGGUUCAUGGACCUGGAGUGGACAUAGAUACUUUGUGCAUUGGUCCUUCCUAUGUGAAUCGAGAGGAAGACUUCUUCAUCAUUUUGCAUAACAUCCUGGCUGAAAUGGAAGAAGUUACCGAACUUCAACCUGUUCCCGAUGCACAUGUCCCAGUGAUGAAAUUCAAGUUCCAGGGAAUAUCUAUUGAUUUGCUGUAUGCAAGUAUAUCUCUUUUGGUUGUGCCAGAAGACCUGGAUAUCUUACACGGUUCCAUUUUGCAUGAUGUUGACGAACAAACUGUUCGAAGUCUUAAUGGCUGCCGUGUGGCAGAUCAAAUUCUUAGACUUGUUCCAAAUGUUGAGCACUUCCGAACUACGCUGAGGUGUUUAAAGUUUUGGGCUAAAAGACGCGGCGUUUAUUCAAAUGUUACUGGAUUCCUUGGAGGUGUAAAUUGGGCUAUUUUAGUUGCUCGAGUUUGCCAGCUUUACCCUAAUGCCAUCCCCAGUAUGUUGGUUUCUAGAUUCUUCAGGGUCUAUACACAGUGGCGGUGGCCAAACCCUGUAAUGUUAUGCUCUAUCGAAGAGAAUGGAUUGCAUUUCCCUAUAUGGAAUCCUCGUAGAAACUACAGGGACAGGUAUCACAUUAUGCCAAUAAUUACUCCUGCAUACCCUUGCAUGAAUUCCAGCUAUAACGUUUCGACAAGCACUCUUCGUGUUAUGAUGGAACAGUUCCGCUAUGGCAACGAGAUUUGUGACGAAAUUGAGCUUAACAAAUCACAGUGGAGUGCACUUUUUCAGCCAUAUGUCUUUUUUGAGGCAUACAAAAACUAUUUACAAGUAGACAUAGUUGCAUUAGAUGCUGAUGAUUUACUAUCAUGGAGAGGUUGGGUGGAAUCCCGACUGAGACAGCUAACCCUGAAGAUUGAGAGAGAUACAAAUGGGAUGCUGCAGUGUCAUCCUUAUCCACAUGAGUACACAGACACAUCCAAGCCUUGUGCGCAUUCUGCAUUUUUCAUGGGUUUGCAAAGAAAAGAGGGAAUAAGAGGUCAAGAAGGGCAGCAAUUUGAUAUACGUGGAACGGUUGAUGAGUUCAGACGAGAAAUUAUUAUGUACAUAUACUGGAAGCCUGGGAUGGAAAUUUAUGUUUCUCAUGUUCGUAGAAAGCAGCUCCCUGCAUUUGUUUUUCCAGAUGGUUACAAACGUGCUCAAAGUGCUACUCUGGAUCUAGCUCUUCUGAAAGGUGCAUGAAGAGGAAGAAUAACCCUGAAAUGGUGGAUGUGAAGCUAGACAAAUCAGAAAAGCGGACAUCUGUUAGCCCACAGAGGCUAGAGCGUAUUUCACCUGAAUGUUGUACUAGUAAAUUGGGUGGUACACCUCAAAUGAGUAUUGAGUGUGUUGAAGGGGUUAGGUCAGUUGGCUCAACAACGAGGAAUGCUGACAACAAUUGUGUAAUUAAGUCAUCUGAUGGACUCCUAGGAAGUGGUACAAUUACUGAAAUAGAUGGUGAUAUGCAGAUAAAUGAAACAUAUUUUGUUGAUUCCACACA